AUGAUCAAAAGUCUCAAUUUCAUAUUUAAGAAGAUAAUUAUGAACUUUGCGUACUCUAAAACGAAUGACAUUAAGUGUCGAUGGGAAAUCCCUUCAAAAAACAACUACCGCAGUGUUAGAAAUUAUUUCAUGAAACCUUUAGAAUACUGUCUUAUCACAGUAUCGAUGGACUACGAGGCAUCGUGCUCAGAUAUUAUAAUAGAAAUAAGUAGAGAAUACAAAAUAGUUCCUGGAACAGUUGCAGUUGAAGUUUAUUCAAACAACAAAAUAAAAUACUCUGAGAUAAUUGAUCACUGGUUUGAAAAUGGUCUUAAUAUUUUCGUCCCUAACAACUGUAGUAAAGAUGAUAAUGAAAGUUCCUCUGAUAGCUUCGAAAGCCUAGAAGACUCUCAUGAAACUAAUUACUUGAGAGUAUUGUGUGAAAUAAAGUGGCUGGGAUGCACAAGUGAUGUUUGUUUAUCUUGUCCGUUGGUUAACAAUUACUUAAAUAAUUACACCAAUGAUGACUUUAAGAGCUUCUAUUUGGACCGUAUGCUGAGCGAUGUGGUGCUGGUAGUUGAUGAUGAAGAAAUAGUUGCACACAAAGUCGUUUUAUCUGCUCACAGCCCAGUUUUCUUGGCGAUGUUCCAAUCAAAUAUGAAAGAAGCCCGUGAGAAUUGUAUUACCAUCGAAAAUAUCAGUGUUGAUGUUAUGAAAGAAGUUCUGAAAUUUAUGUACACUGGUACAACUGAAGCCGAAGAAAACUAUGAGCUGGCAUUGAAAAUUUUAGAUGUUGCGGAAAGGUAUCAAAUAUUAAAGCUGAAGAACUUUUGCGGGGCAAUAGUAUUUAGAUACUUGUCGCUUAAUAACGUUAUUUCUAUUGCUAUUGAAGCAGAAAAAUACAAUGCUGAUAUUCUACGUCAAAUGGCCAUUCAAUUAAUCGUUAAAAAUAUUGAUACUAUCGUUUUUUUGAAUGAUUACAAGCAAUUAGGAUCGACGCAUCCAGUUCCAAUAUACAAUAUAAUAUCUAGCGAUUCUUCGAAAUACGACGUUCGGUUUUACCCUCCAGGAUCAAAUGGCCGUCAUCAGAGAUAUUGUAAUCUAUUUUAA